GGAUCCAGAAAUAAACACACGGAGACAGGCCUCCAUUCCGACUCGGGCAUUUUGCUGCCUCCUGCCUAGACCUGGGGUUAUCGCCCAGUCAUGGGCAUGCAUUUGAAGAAUUUCCCGAGUCCACAGCAGACCCCCAAUGACGGGUUGAAUGAGAUGAUUAAAGUGUGCCAUGGUAGAUACGGUAUGGAGGUUGCUCCAUGCCUGCACCUUGGAUGGGAUAUGGGAUUCUUCUUUGCGUCACGGCCGGAAUUGCUGCGGUGUUGAUUGCUGGCAGCUCCAGUUGGCCAGCAUUCCCGCCGACAUUCCGCAAAACAAGCAUGCCUCAACCGCCUCCCGGCACUGCACUUUGUUCACUUCUGAAACAAUUACACAAGUUAGGGAUACAGGAGGCUAUUGAAGCCAGUUUUAUUGUCUUUCCUUGGCGAUGUACAGCAGACUCAGGUCAGAUCUUACACGGGGGGAAGCCAAGAUGUUAAUUUCACGGUUCAAAUCCAUGUUCAUAUGAAAAGCGCUAGAUUCAAAGUCUUAAUACUGUAUGGGUA